AUGGAUUUCUCCUCUCUCAAAGACCAGGUUAGCAACCUGACCUUGUAUGACAUCAAGGCGGGAGUCCGCAAGGUCCAAAAUGCUGUGAUGAAUUACACGGAGAUGGAGUCGAAGGUCCGAGAAGCUACGAAUAACGAACCCUGGGGUGCCUCAACCACAUUGAUGCAGGAAAUUGCCAACGGAACCCAUAGCUAUCAAUUACUCAACGAGAUUAUGCCCUUGAUCUACAAGCGUUUCACAGACAAGACUGCAGAGGAAUGGCGGCAGAUUUACAAAGCUCUCCAGCUGUUGGAAUUUCUGGUUAAGAAUGGGUCGGAACGAGUGGUCGAUGAUGCCCGAUCUCAUAUGUCCUUACUCCGAAUGCUCCGUCAGUUCCACUUUAUUGAUCAAAACGGAAAGGAUCAGGGUAUCAAUGUGCGCAAUCGGUCGUCGGAGUUGGUGAAGCUGCUGGGAGAUGUCGACUUGAUCCGUGCCGAAAGAAAGAAGGCCAGAGCCAAUCGCAACAAAUUCGGCGGUUUCGAAGGUGGAGCAUCUUCUGGAGGAGGGUUCUCAGGCUCUACCGGCAGGUACGGGGGAUUCGGCAGCGAUAGCAUGUCCUUUGGUGGAUAUAGCGGGGGUGUGUUCGGCGAUGGCGGCGGGUUCGGAGGAGUCUCGAGUGAUUUCCAGGACACGGGACGACAGGGCAACAGGUUUGAUGAAUACGAUGAAUAUGAUGAAGCAGAUGCCAGUCCCGUUCGCCGUCAAAGUCCCCCGCGUGCCCGACAGCAACCCAAAAAGCCAGAGCCCCCGAAAGAACCUGAGGCGGACCUCUUCGACUUUGGCGACGAAGAGACCACCACGACUACGGCAUCCGCCGCGGCGGGCAAGAAACCUGCGACAGGUAACGGCAACGGCUUAGAUAUCCUGGAUGCGAAACCGAUCGAUGACGAUGACUUCGAUGAUUUCCAAUCCGCGACCCCUGCCCCACAGCCCUCAGGCCAGUUCGCUAUCCCGGCGCCCGCCUCUACCGUCAGCACGACCUCGAGCACCCAGUUCGCGGCCCCGAAGCCGGUCUCCGGGACUCAAGGGCCGAACUUGAACGGUCUGGUUGGAUUCACGUCGAUGACCCCAACCCCAACUUCGAGCACCAUUGCAUCUCCAACUCUGUCACAGAACUCGCUGGUACAGCCGCAGCAGCAGAAGUCUGCACCCCCGAAACCGACGAGCUACCAGGCCGCGACUCCGAACUAUUUCACCUCCGUCUCCAUUAACUCUGCCCAGCCCUCCUCCAGUACUUCCGGUCCCCGACCAGGCGUGCCAUCCACUUCAACCUUCAGCUCUACCACCACUCCCUCCACGGCUGCCAGACCCGCGCCGUCCAAGCCUUCAGGUGACGCCUUCGGCUCGUUGUGGUCUAGUGCCAGCGCCAGCGCCGGGAUUCAAAAAUCAUCAUCAGCUGCAGGCAAGGGCCCCAACCUGGCCAGCAUGGCGAAGGAGAAAGCCAGUGCCGGCAUCUGGGGUGCUCCCGCCUCUUCAUCCGCCCAGCCUCAGCAAGGAACCGCUGGUAAAACGGGUAGUUCUGGACUGGAUGAUUUGUUGGGCUAA